CCUAAUUGCUUCUAGGACCAUCUAUAUCAUCAUUAAACAUAUUUAAUCUAAAUCUUUCCCUUUAUAUAUAGGUCGUUGUUACAUUGUUAUUAGCUACACUACCACAUUUAACAUAAAGCCGAGAACACAAAAUAUUACAUAUACUCUCUAAGGGAAAAGAGUUGCAUAAUAAUGGCGUACAAGCAAAUGAGACCAGCAGCGUCGUUCUUGUUGUUCCUCAACUUCUGCAUGUAUGUAGUAGUUUUGGGCAUAUCUGGUUGGACUAUGAACCGGAUGAUUGACUAUGGAAGGGUUGGAGGACAAAAUGGUGCCACUUUCUACUUCAUAACAUACUCGCUAAUAGCGGGAGCUGUUGGGGCAGUCUCAUGCUUGUUUGGGCUAAACCACGUGACAUACUGGGGUCAUGAUACCUUGCCAGCAGCCGCUGCCGCUGCUGCCGUCGCUUGGAGCCUUACCGUUCUUGCGUUGGGCUUUGCUUCCAAACAUAUAAGGCUUCACACGGAUAGUCAUCGCCUGAAAACAUUGGAGGCGUUCAUAAUUAUUCUCAGCGCAACAAUGCUUAUGUACAUCGGAGCCAUUCAUGGAGCAAUCAAGAGAGGAAACUAGAGGGUGUCUAAACCAUUUUAACAACACCAAUUUAUAUUAAUGUCCGUUUGUGCAUAUGAUUUAAUUUGUUCAUGUAAUAUGGUUUAAUUAGCUUCUAUUUGUUGUGAUUUCUGAAAAGUUUCAAAACUGAAAGUGUAGCUUGUGUGCAACAUUUGCUUUUGCAUAAAUUGAUCAGGAUAAGGGAAUUGAAUAAUAGACAUAAGAUUAUUUAUAGUCUCAUCUUGUAACGUUGUACUUCGUAUAUUAUUGUGCCCAUUUGUCUAUUACUUAAGUGAUAUAUAAUGUCUCCGUUCUCGAAA